CGCGCGCGUGUAUGAGUAUUUAUUAUACUAAAAUGUCUUAUUUUCUUUUUUAGGUUGUUCCAUUUCAAAUGUUUUGUUUUCUUUUAUGAAAAAAAUUAUCAUAAAAAAAUAGAAUUUUUGGAACGCACAUCACUUUUUCAACUCUACGCCACACUACUUAAUAAUAAUUAAUAUUUUUCUAAAUAACGUGCCGAAAAGAAACAAGACAUUUGAUUUGGGACGAAGGCCGCAGUAUAUAAAAACAUAUAUGUAUAGUCACUAAACUGCCCACGCCUUACUCCCCCCAAAAAAAGAACAAAAAAAAAAAGCAUGAAUUCACUCUGAAAUCUCAACCUUCUCUUCUCUUAAUCAUCCCCCAAAAUUACCCAUUCUUCUCCAAUCAUCUCAGCAUUAUUACAUAUGCUCUCGCAAAUAAUGAAAUAAGAAAAACUGCUACAUUCUUGAACACGAAUCAACAAAAGCUGCUCAGAAUUUAGGAUCAGGUGGUGGAGAGUUGAAAUCAUUUCCUGAUUAGAUACGCAACGUCCUUUGAUUAACUGCCCCCAAAGUUUUCCAAAUCGGUGGCGAUAGAAAAUGACUGAAAUUCCAAAGCUGGAGGAUAUGGGUUCUGAUCAUCUUGUUACAAACUGCCUCGCCGGAGAAUUCGGAGAGAAUCAGAAAAUCUCCGUCGUUGAUCACGUGAAUGCCCUGCACCACUCGUGCACUAAAUCUGAUAGCUUUGUGGUCGAUAUGGAGCGGUUUUCUCAUCUCAUAGAAAAGGAUACCACUUCUGCAAAUUCAAGAAUCACUUUGCAGAGAAACCUUUCAAGGAAAGGAUCGAUGAGAACCGCAGAAAGGAAAGGCAGUAGCAACGAGAGAGAUGUUAGUAUGCUUGCAACUUCACCAAGAGCUGAUUUCACGCCUGAAAAGCAAGCAGUAGUGGCGGCGGGGCCCCACGACCACUCCAUCCCUCCCCAGGUCCAUCAUCAGAUCACCAUCACCAACGGCAGCAUAACCAGCACGGCCGUCGCUGACGCCAAGAGAUUCACCUUCCGCCGUUCAUCUCCAACUUGGACUAUUGAUCCUAGAAGAAUACUUUUCUUCUUUGCAACCCUGUCAUGCAUAGGAACCAUUCUACUUAUCUAUUUCACCUUAUCAAUGGGCAAGUUCAACGGCGACGGUGACAGCGACACCAACGCACUUAAUUAAAUAAACAUAUAUUUCACCUUUUUUUCUCAGAGUUUCCAACAAAAUAUAUAAAAUGUGGGCGACAACAGAGAUGGAGGAAUGCAUAGAAAAACAUAUGAUGUUUAUACCCCUUUUAUGUAGUUUAGGGUAUCUUGUGACAAAUGUAGUGGAGCGUCAGCAAAAAGCCUUUUCUAACCUUUUUCCCCAUUCUCAUCUCACUACCUCUUUCGGUAGCCCACUGCUACCACCUAACUGCUGCCUUUUGUUAAUGCGCUUUUAGCUCCAUAGGGGAACAGAACAGUGUAUUAUAAUGAAUUGUGGUGCAUCACUAAAUUUAAAUACAGAGAUUGGAGUUUCAGAGAGCA